ACAGCAAGAAGAAUUACUGCAAAUGGAAGAAAACCUUCGCUGUACCAGACCUUAAACCCUACUAUGCAGUGUGAAAAUCCCCAUUUUGCUCCUUCUUAGCUGCCGGAAUUUCGCCGGAAACCGUCAAAAUCCACCGGAAAUGGCUUCAGUAGUAUCAGAAACCGUUCCGAAGUUCACGGUGGAAGCCCUAAAAUCGGCAGCUAAACAAUCUGAACGUUGCCAUAUUGUUCCUCUCCGUCUUCGUAGAGCUAUCAAAAAGUAUCUCCGAGAGCAAGAGGAGCCUCAUAUGAAGAGAAAAGUGUUGAGGUUAUCAGAAUCAUUUAGCGAAAUAAAGCAAGUGAAUUUGAUGCUUCCAACCUCCACAUCCAAGGAGCUUUUUGAAGAUCCUCUUAAGUCUGUUGAUUGUUCACAGCGGUGGAAAAUCAGAAGCGCCUAUGGUGACAUUGGCCUCAAGUAUCGGGAAGAUGAAACACUUGCCUAUGUAGCGUCCCGUAUGCCUGCUGUCUACUCUGCUCUUUAUAGAGUCCUUAGUGAGGUGCACAGAAGAUUGCCUGGUUUUUCACCUGCUAAGGUUUUGGAUUUUGGGGCCGGGACUGGUUCUGCAUUUUGGGCAGUUAGAGAAGUGUGGCCACGGUCAUUGAAUAGAAUUAAUUUGGUAGAGCCAUCACAGUCCAUGCAGCGUGCUGGACAGAGCCUUAUAAAAGGUCUUAAAAAUUUGCCACUUAUUCAAAGUUACGGAAGUAUUCAAGCACUCUCUCAGGAUGUCAAAAAGAGUGACAGACAACAUGAUCUUGUGAUUGCUUCGUAUGUACUUGGAGAAAUUCCAUCUCUGAAGGACAGAAUCACAGUUGUACGCCAGCUUUGGGAACUGACAAAAGAUGUUCUGGUCUUGGUAGAACCAGGAACACCACAAGGAUCUAAUAUCAUAUCUCAAAUGCGAUCUCACAUUUUAUGGAUGGAGAAAAGGAGAAGCCGCAAGCUAGAAGCUGUAUCUGGCAAAGAUUCUAAAGCAUUGACUACACUAAAGAAUGGGGCAUAUAUAGUCGCUCCUUGUCCACAUGACGGACGCUGUCCUUUGGAUAACACUGGAAAAUAUUGUCAUUUUGUUCAACGGUUGCAAAGGACAACAUCGCAACGUGCUUACAAGCGGUCGAGAGGAGGGCCUUUACGUGGAUUUGAAGAUGAAAAGUUUUGCUUCAUCGCCUUUAGACGAGGAGAACGGCCAAGAGAGCCUUGGCCACUGGACGGCGUGAAGUUUGAAACAUUGAAGGAGCAGCAUGCCAGAAGAAAUCCCGCGGAUCUAGAGAUUGAUUAUGAGGACCAAUUCAUCUCAGACGACGAGGAUGUUCAAGACGAAGACGACCCCAUAUCCUAUGAUUCUGAUGUCACCGACACAGAUGCCACUACCGAAGUUGAUGAUUGGGAGGAAGAGGGUGAAGAAACUGCCCGUGCUGAUCUUGGUGGUGGUUGGGGGAGAAUCAUAUACACUCCUCUACGAAGGGGUAAGCGGAUUGAAAUGGACGUUUGUCGAUCAAUGAAUCGAGAAGGCAGUGAAGGUUCUUUCGACCAUAUCGUUGUUACAAAGAGCAAAAACCCAACAUUGCAUCAUCAAGCACGACGAUCCCUCUGGGGCGACUUAUGGCCCUUCUAAAUUUUGUCAGUAAGACUACAACGUGUGAUGUGCGAGUUAGAGUUAGCUGCUCUCCCACAAGUUCAAAUCCUACAACGGUCCUGGUAUUCAAGUGGAGAAGGAUGGAGGGAUCGAACAUCGCAUCCCUUGCCCUCGAGAUUUCUCAAUUAUUUUUGUAGUAGUAUAAUGUUGUGGUCUUUAAGGUAUUGUAAUAAAUGUAUUUUCAUGUGUACCCCAUUUGUAGUAGUAUAAUGUUAUGGUAAAUGCAGAGAGGAUAAGAUUGGCACUAGAAACAAGAAAAGUGUACAUGUAAAUCACAUGUGCCUUUUUCAUAAUUUUUGCACUGAAAAAGGGAAAAAAAAAAAAAAAAAGGUGAAUCCCAUAGGCCA